CACAGCGAGAGCCGUAGAUCGAGCCGUUGAAGCAGCUCGUGGGUCCCGCGGAUAACGGAAGGAAAAUCAAGAAGAAGAAACUCCGAGAGGAAGAAUGGGAUCUUGUGGUUCAAAGCCGAACUGGUGUGUGGGAGGUAGGCUGGUUUUGCGGAAGAAGACGAGUCCUCAUCGGCAGCGAAGGAGAGUCUCUAAACGCCGCAUUUCGUCUAAUAGGCUUGAACGCAAUGCCGUUUCCCGCGCAGCCACGGAACGUUCUCUCCAAGAUGCGGUAUAUUUUGAUUCCGCUUCAGCGCUCGAAUCUGAAUUGGAAGAUGAGUUUUAUAGUAUGCAUGGUGGAACCAAUGUUUCUCCGAAUCGUUCUGAAUCCGCGUUGAGUAUUGAGGGUUCUAGGAAUGUGAAUGCCUCUAGUGUUGAACGGAGCGAUUCUAAGUCUGCCUCCAUAUCCGAUGAUCCUCCGAACAUUGUUGGAGGGGUCGACAAAAGAAGCGCCUUCAGUCUUAGCACAUCGAAUUCGAAGAAGAAAGUGUCUCUGAAGCUUUCGUUUAAGCGGAGGGAACAUGCUGAUCUGACAAUUUUUUCACCGAAGGCGCUUCGGCAAAGACCAAUAGCAGGUUCCUCAAUUCCUUACUGCCCAGUAGAGAAGAGGAUGCCUGAUUGUUGGUCACCUAUUGAACCAAGUGCUUUCAAAGUCAGGGGAAAAAACUAUAUUAAGGAUAAAAAGAAAGAAUCUGCUCCAAACUGUGCUGCAUAUUAUCCUUUUGGUGCUGACAUCUUCUUAUCUCCGAGGAAAAUUAACCAUAUUGUUCGAUUUGUGGAAUUUCCUCAUAUAUAUCCACCUGGAGAAAUCCCUUCAAUACUUGUUGUAAAUAUUCAGAUACCAUUGUAUCCCGCCACAAUCUUUCAAAGCGAAAAUGAUGGAGAAGGAAUGAAUUUGGUUUUGUACUUUAAACUAUCUGAGAGUUUUUCAGAAGAGCUUCCCCUUCAUUUCCGAGAAAAUAUCAAUAGGUUGAUCAAUGAUGAAGUGGAGAGAGUUAGAGGUUUCCCUAUGGACUCAAUUGUGCCUCAUAGGGAAAGACUAAAAAUCUUGGGAAAAGCGGUAAAUGUAGAGGAUCUUCAUCUAAGCGCAGCUGGGAAGAAGCUGAUGAAUGCUUACAAUGAAAAACCUGUGCUAUCACGUCCCCAACAUGAGUUUUACUUGGGAGAAAACUACUUUGAGAUCGAUUUAGAUAUGCACAGAUUCAGCUACAUUGCCAGAAAAGGUUUUGAAGAAUUCCAGGACAGAUUGAAGUUAUGCAUCUUGAAUUUUGGCCUGACAAUUCAGGGUAACAAGGCAGAAGACUUUCCAGAGCAUAUCCUAUGUUGCAUGAGGUUGAAUGAGCUUGACUACAAUAAUUACAGGCAGUUGGGAUGUUGAUCAACAAGUGAUUUAACGCUGCAAGGUUUUUCAAUCAAUGACGAAUCAACCACCUCUGUAUCUAUUUACACAUCCUCCCUCUCGCUCCUUCUUCAUAGGUUGGAAAUUAUCUUUCAGUCUCCAACUUUGACACUUUUCCUCAUUCAAUUGUACAGAAACUUUAACUAGAGCGUACAGAACUGACAAAGAAAGUGCAAUAAAAGGGUCGAUUUUUUUAUUA